AAGCAGAGGACGUUUCUAUGGUGACGAAACAUUCAAAACAAUCGUGAUGGCGAACCUUCUGGGUACGGGCAUAUUUUUCAACGAAGUAAACGACAAAAUAUGCAUCUUGGAUCCCGAGACGUAUAAACUCGCGAACGAUUUGAAAGAGGAAUGUCAAAUUUACAUUGAAAAAAUUGACGAAUUUCGACGAAUCGCUACAAAAUUUAUUUCGCUAGAAGAGGAGUUGGGCUCAAAAAUUGAAAAACAAAAACUGAAAGCCCUCAGGGCCAGAAACUUGCUACAGAGCAUGAAAAAACAGCGGGACAACAGCCAUCAGCAAGUACAGGCUGUGAUCGCAGAGACAUCGAUGACACUGGAAAGGCUCAAAGCGGGCCUUGCUUCAUUGGAAAAAGCUGAAAUGGAACAAAUCGGCGUUAUUAACCAAUUAACUAAUUAAUUUUUUAUAGUUUGUAUAUCAUUUGUAUAUUUCUAUAAAUCGUUGAUUUUUGUUAUUUUGAAAUUUUAUAAAUAAAGUUUUGGACGUUG